AUGGCGGCAGCAAAGCUUUGCUGUACUGCACCUCUUCGGUCCGAAUCACCGGAUGAUAUGCCCUCACGACCCGUCAGACAUUUCAAAUCGCUGGCCAAUAUCAAAACGCACUUUGGUCACAGCAAGCAUACCCCAACCACCACAGACGGUCUCACAGAUGAAAACCGCCCAAUCUAUCCAGCAGACGACCUUGAACUUCAGCGAAUAUUCGUUGCUACUUCUCUGCCGGAGGAUCAUCCUGACGCUCUCAAACUACGACAUCGCAAGCCUGACGUCGACGAAAGUAUCAUUCACUCUCCCAGCUUCACCAACAAGCUGCGUAGGCAGUUUAGUCGCAAGAGUCUUGCAACGAACAACCCCGAUAAAGAGACAACCAAGAAGUCGAUUAGACCCUUCGCUCGAAAGAAGACAGAGCAUGGCUUUGCAGAUCUCGCUGGUGGCUACGAUGAUGAUGCUCAAUCGUUGUGCUUGACCGAGUCUCGCCUCGCUUCUCUCAAAGAUGAUCAUGGUAUGAUUGCCAGCAAACCAGGGCAUCAUGUCGAGACGAUUGAACCAAUCGAACCACGUCCAUUGACUUUAGAUGAACAAUGUCGCUCUCUCAGUGUGCCUCCUACCUCUGGCUCAUCAGACGCUGCAUCACAUCAAAGGCGUUCACAGUCGUCUUCCGACACCCGUCAAGACUUUGCAAAUGCACUCACUGUUCAUCUGCCAGGUUCAACAUUCAUGGAUACAAAUGAGAUAUGGGCAUCCAGUUCUGUGCGUCCUGCCCCACCGAUUUCUCAGCUCCCCUCGUUCAUGCCGAGUCAUUCGCAAUUAUUGAUGACCAAGUCAAGAACCAGUGGCAAGCAUAAAGUAGUUCAGAAAGAAUCGGCCACUUCCCUACACUUGCAUGAUAUGCAGAUUUCACAGCAUUUGCGUACCAAAUCGCAGGUAUCAGACGCUUCCACUGCCAGUGAUCCGGAAAACCGCAACAAACACGCGAGUCUCAACAGCAUUAUGCUCGCUUCGUUGACACCGUCGCGUUGUAGAAGUAUAUCCAGUUUUGGCUUUGGUUCAGUUGGAGCCCCUACUUGGGAGCAGGUUCUCGAGGACGAGUCGUCCUCUAUAUACAGCCGCAGGACAAGUACAGCUCAGGAGGCAUCGCUCAUGUCGCCAGUGGAGCAACCAUCUGACUUCUCCGAAGAGACCAUCCGCGGUGAUUCGGUGGCUGCAGACGGGCCCGAGUUCAGGAACAUGCGCAAGGCCAUCCCUCCUGUCCCAGCGGAAAGAGUUGUGUCGGCAUCAACUGGCAUCAGCAUACUAGCAAGCGAUCCAGCAUCUCAUUCUGAUGUACGGCUGUCUCCAUCAUUGACUGGUUCGGUGCAUAUUGAUCGAUCUGUCUAUAGCACGACGUGCUCGCUCCCAAAGAGUGAUAGUUCUGGAAGUCUCGGAAAGCUCAGCAGAUUCAGAGAAGAUUUGAGAGACUGCUCCACAGUCAAGAAAACUAAGAAGCGUCGAUCGGUCCUACGCAUUCUAUUCCCAAAACUCACACGGUCCAAACUUCGAAGCACGAGCACGCCAUUGCUGAGUGACAAGACCCAAUCAUCUCUCAACGCAAUGUAUGACGGCACUGGCGAUACUCAGGACCUACUGGCUGUGCCGCAAUCUUCAUCCAAGCCGCACAACGGUCAGCGUGCUAUCAGCUUCACUGGCAAGGGAGAUUUGAUGCCUCCCAGUCCGCUCUCGACCGGUUCUCUGGUUGUUGGUGCAUCUCUGCAGUCUCGACAAUCUAUGGUGAACUAUGAGAGGAGUCUCUCUGUCGCUGGAGACAACCGCCGCCGCAAAUCGACAACGGGUGGACCCAAGACCCCUGAACCAGAAACUGAAGAUCAAGGAAAUGAACUUGAAAUUACCCUGCAUCGUGCUAGUCCCCUUCUAAGCCCAGGUCGAAAGGGCACAGAAGAAGCGUUGAUGGAAAAGGCCCUGCAACAGCACCAGCUCGAGAAAGCAGCCUUCCUCCGCCCGAGUAAUCAGAAGCUUGAGGUCACGCCUUCUUCGUCUCGUGCUCCUGUCUUCACAAGCCCCUUUGGCUUUCCAUCGUGCAGUGAUGCAAGGCUUGCAGCUGCAGCUGAUGAUCUGGAUCCACUGGAUGCCGAAGGACCCCCAGCGGCCCGUAGAAGUCAGAGUAUGCAUGAUCUUGGACCCUCUCAAAGUCCCGCUGCUGCAGGCGAUCCUUCUAUGUUUCGCAAAAGGAAGCGAAGCACCAUCUGGACUAUGAAUACGGUUACCACCAAAGGAACUCGAGCAUAUCUUCACACAAUGACACCGCCCCGUUCUUGGAGUCGGUACCCCUCGCAUACUCGAGAACGUCGCUGUAGCGCAGCCGACCGCCAUGACGGCAUUGUCACUCGAGACUUUGCACUCGAGGAUUCACGCAAUGUGCACCAAACUGCCUCUCUGGAAGACAUCACAAGUUCGCCCGAGAGCUGGCCACAUGGGGCCAAUUCCAAAAGGAGAAACUGGAUUGUGAAGUCCCGUUCGAUGACGUUUGGCACCGUAUUUCGCUACUAUUCUAACCUCCUCACAUCGUCAGCAGCCCGCAACCGCAGGUCGUCCAUAGCAACAAGUGGCAGGUUGGAGCAUCCAGAGCUUGAGGUUCUACCUCCAUUGCUACCUCUGCGUCUAGAUGUUCCCCAACAUCUGGGAGCCAAAGAUCAGCUGGUUCGUGCCGUGAACCAUAUCAAAGACGAGGGUCAUCACAUCAAGGAGGAAGGACUUGACAUUCUUGGUCAUCAUCACCACAAUUCAACCCCGUGUAUGAAUGAGCAUUCGAUCGGACCUGCUUCGCUUAUCAACGACCAAAACGAUAAGUCCGAGUCUGUGCACAGCGGUCAAGAAGGAUCUGGGUCUGCCUCAUCAACGUCGUCGGUUGAGAAGACUAUCUCACCUGGCAUGGUGGAUGGAGUUGUCGAAAGCAGACCUUCAGAGCCCGACAGAGCACUGAGUGCAAGGAGACUAUCUCGCAUGUACCAGGCUUGUGUACAACUUCCGGCAUCUUUGGACAACACUGAAGUUGAACGAAGCGGUGUCACGGAUGACUCGAUACAUGUAUCGGGUGGUCUGACUACGGCUGGACCAUCCCAAGUGGACUCGGAAAUUCCCAACACUGGGUUUUUAACCAUUCCAACAAUCAAACCACGCAUGUACUCAGGCCCAGUCACUCGUCACUUCCCCUCGGUUACGGUGGUUGAUGAUCGUAAGGGGCAUUGGCGCAGUGUCAGCAUGAUGUCUGUAGACUCUGGAAAGAGUGUUCGCAGGAGCACCAGAGAUCUCUUGGAGACCGUAAAGGCGACGCAGACUCUGGAGCUGGAAAAGUUAUUGGGCACGUCUGAAGUGUUGGCCACAGAAGGAGAAAAUGCUUGA